AUGUCUAUGGAGAUUUAUUUAUUUUCUUUAUCUACCAAUUCUCCUAUUCAUUUCUUUACCUACCACUUCACCUAUUCUUUUCUUUACCUACCUCUUGUCCUAUUCUUUUAUUUACUUACCUCUUCACCUAUUCUUUUCUUUACCUACCUCUUCUCCUAUACUUUCCUUUACUUAACUCUUCUACUAUUCUUUUCUUUACCUAAUUCUUCUCCUAUUCUUUUCUUUGCCUACCACUUCCCUUUUCUUUACAUACCUCUUCACCUAUUUUUUUCUUUCCCUACCUCUUCUCCUAUUGUUUAUUUACCUAACACUUCUCCUAUUCCUUUUUUCCCUACCUCUUGUCAUACUCUUUCUUUAACUACCACUUCUCCUAUACUUUUCUUUAGCUACUUCUUCUCCUAUACUUUUCUUUACCUACCAUUUCUCCUAUUCUUUCUUUACAUACCACUUCGCCUAUUUCUUACCUACCUCUUGUCCUAUUCUUUCAUUACUUACCACUUCACCCAUUGUUUACUUUACAUACCACUUCUCUUAUCUUUACCUACCUCUAGUCCUAUUCUUUACUUUACCUACCACUUCUAUUCAUUCCUUUACCUACCUCUUCUCCUAUUCUUUUCUUUACCUAACUCUUCUCUCAUACUUUUCUUUACCUACCACUUCUCUUAUCUUUACCUACCUCUUGUCAUAUUCUUUUCAUUACUUAACUCUUCUCCUAUUCUUUCCUUUUUUAUUUUUUUCGUCCAUAUUUUUGGCUCUUUUCCUUUUAAUUUCCUGGAGGUUCUAAUUCCAUUUUUUCUUCGAGGAAACUCCAUUGCCAGCCAGUUUUCUUUGCCAACGAACAUAAAAGCGGAUAUGUCUUGCAUCUUUAUCUUACAAGCGUAUAUCUUGCCAGUAGGUAGAUUCCCCAACAUAAUGGAGUGCUAG